AUGCCCCAGUCCUGGACCCCAAACAGCCGCACGUCCCCGACCUGGCCCUUCCCAGGAGCUCCCCCUGGGGAGGAAGUUUCGGGGAAGCGUCCGGGAGGCGGCGAGGCUCACGUCGCUGCCGGAGCUGCCGCGGUGCCAAGAGCAACCUACUGCUCCAAGUACAAAGACCCGGGCGCAGCGGGUACGCGCUGCUCCGUCAAAGCAGCGAGCGGCAGCGCAGCGCGGCUUCUAAUCCCCCGCGCGGGGAAAGUGCAAAGGCUGGACGGUGCCCGACACGUGUCAGUUGGCAAACACGAAUUGACGGGGCACAAGGUCGCUGUGAAGAUACUCAAUCGACAGAAGAUUCGCAGCCUCGAUGUGGUAGGAAAAAUCCGCAGAGAAAUUCAGAACCUCAAGCUUUUCCGCCAUCCUCACAUAAUUAAACUGUACCAGGUCAUCAGUACACCAUCUGAUAUUUUCAUGGUGAUGGAGUAUGUCUCAGGAGGAGAGCUAUUUGAUUAUAUCUGUAAAAAUGGAAGGCUGGAUGAAAAAGAAAGUCGACGUCUAUUCCAACAAAUCCUUUCUGGAGUGGAUUACUGUCACAGGCACAUGGUGGUCCACAGAGACCUGAAACCCGAGAACGUCCUGCUUGACGCACACAUGAAUGCCAAGAUAGCUGAUUUUGGUCUUUCAAACAUGAUGUCAGAUGGUGAAUUCCUAAGAACCAGUUGUGGCUCGCCCAACUAUGCUGCCCCAGAAGUGAUUUCAGGAAGACUGUAUGCAGGCCCAGAGGUAGACAUAUGGAGCAGUGGGGUUAUUCUCUAUGCCCUGUUAUGUGGAACGCUUCCAUUUGAUGAUGACCAUGUGCCAACCCUUUUUAAGAAGAUAUGCGAUGGAAUCUUUUAUACCCCUCAGUAUUUAAAUCCUUCUGUGAUUAGCCUAUUGAAACAUAUGCUGCAGGUGGAUCCCAUGAAGAGGGCCACAAUCAAAGAUAUCAGGGAACAUGAAUGGUUUAAACAGGAUCUUCCAAAAUAUCUCUUUCCUGAGGAUCCAUCAUAUAGUUCAACCAUGAUUGAUGACGAAGCCUUAAAAGAAGUGUGUGAAAAGUUUGAGUGCUCAGAAGAGGAGGUUCUCAGCUGCCUCUAUAACCGAAACCACCAGGACCCACUGGCAGUUGCCUACCACCUCAUAAUAGACAACAGGCGAAUAAUGAAUGAGGCGAAAGACUUUUACUUGGCCACAAGCCCCCCCGAUUCUUUCCUCGAUGAUCACCACUUGACUCGGCCCCACCCCGAGAGAGUGCCCUUCUUGGUUGCUGAAACACCAAGGGCACGCCAUACCCUCGAUGAAUUAAAUCCACAGAAAUCCAAACACCAGGGUGUAAGGAAAGCGAAAUGGCAUUUGGGAAUCAGAAGUCAAAGUCGACCAAAUGAUAUCAUGGCAGAAGUCUGUAGAGCAAUCAAACAACUGGAUUAUGAGUGGAAGGUUGUAAACCCGUAUUAUUUGCGUGUUCGAAGGAAGAAUCCUGUGACAAGUACGUACUCCAAAAUGAGUCUACAGUUAUACCAAGUGGAUAGUAGGACGUAUUUAUUGGAUUUCCGAAGUAUUGAUGAUGAAAUUACUGAAGCCAAAUCAGGGACUGCUACACCACAGAGAUCGGGAUCAGUUAGCAACUACCGAUCUUGCCAAAGGAGUGACUCAGAUGCUGAGGCCCAAGGAAAGUCCGCAGAAGCUUCUCUUACCUCAUCUGUGACCUCACUUGACUCUUCUCCUGUUGACUUAACUCCAAGACCUGGAAGUCACACAAUAGAAUUUUUUGAGAUGUGUGCGAAUCUAAUUAAAAUUCUUGCACAGUAAACCUAAAACUUUGCUUAUUUCUUUGAUAGCAAUAAGCAUGCAUAAUAAAUCAUAGCCAAAUGCUUCCAUUUAUAAUCAAGUUAUACAUAAUUAUAACUGAGGACUGGCCUUUUGGAAUGCAUUUUGCACAGGGAUUGGGACAUGAUUAAUAGUUAAAAGCCUAAUGUGCAAAAAUGAAUCAAGAUAAUUUUGUUCACUGUUCAGUGGGCAUAUAGCAUCAUAUAAUAUACACAAUGAAUUAUAGGUCUCAGGCUCACUUGAUUUUUGGCUAUUUUAUAUUUAGUGUACACAGGGCUUUGUAGAAUAUUAAUUUACCAUAAAGGCCUUCAUAUGUUAUUACAUGUUGUUACAUAUUUGCUUCAUAAAUUUAUUCAAUAAAUAUUUGCUUAGAAUCCUCAGAGAACUUUAUAGCUGGUUUUGUUUUCUGAGCUCCUUAACUUCUUAAGUAGCAAGUAUCUUCCAACAGUAGGUUCAGUCUGAAUGACUCUUCCAUAUCCCACACUCUAAUAGUCUAUAGAAUAUAGUAAGUCACAUCAAAGAUAGUAGACACAGGAAAAGUCUGGUUAAGUCCAAAAAACACACAGCACUAACAUAUUCAGAUAUUCUAGGCACUGGGCUUAAUUUUCACAAUCUGUCUCAUAUUCUGUACAUAAAUUGCUCUUUUUGUCACAAGAGCUGAAUUGCAUAUACUGUAAAUAAAUCUUGUUUUUGCCAAUCUCACCUGUUCCUCUGCUCCUCACAUCAGUCAGUAUUGAAUGUAUGCAAACACUUCUUGUCAUUUGAUCACCUGUCUUUUAAACUGAUUCAGUGCACAGAACAUCUCUUACAAACCAUUUUAAAUGUUCAGAUGUGACUUUUUCUCCCAAAUUUUAUUAUAAACAUUUAUACAUGUGUAUCUACCACUGGGAUUCAUCACUGGUUAACACGUUGCCGUAUUUGCUUUCUAUCUAAUUGUGUAUAUGGGUCAUAGUUAUAGGUAUACGUGCGUACACAUGUUCUUCCAUGCACCGCUUGGGUGUUGCAGACAUACUCAUCGCCCUCAACACUUCAGGCAUGUUCUAAAAAAUAUUUUUAAAAAUAAUAUUGUCCCCCCCAAACCAUAAUCCUGUUAUAAAAAUAAUUCCCUGAUGUCAUUUAAUCAUGUGUAUUUAGAUUUCUCCAGUUGUCCUCCAAAUUUCUUUUAUAGCUGGAUUAUUUCAAACCAGAUCCAAUUAAAGUUUACACAUUGUAUUCGGUAAUGGCUUCUUAAUCAGGUAUGACAUGAUUAUUUCAAUAAAAUGUGGAACAAAUUGGGUAGUUCCAAAUGGUCACAUUUACUUUGAAUUUGAAUUUUUUAAAAGCAAUAUGGGAACUGCCUAAAGAUGCUGAAUCUUCCUAAGAUUUCUGAUUGAUAGUCUUUUUCUUGCUCUUAGUAAUAAUGUUACAUAAUAGGUGUAAAUGAAGAUUUAAAGUCACCUCAGAUAAAAUUGGUAUCGUGUAUGCUAAUAAGAAAUAAAAAGGAUUACCCAUAAUUGCCUUAUACUAUUUUAACUUCAAGAAAUGGAUUUUUUCCUAUUAAUCAUUUUUCCAUUGCAACAGAGCUAUCUUUUUUUUUCUCUUUUAAGACUGUUAAUGUAGGAUUGUUUUAUUUUGUCUUUUUUUCCCAAAUACAGUGAGCACCUGUGUAAUCAGACAGUAAUGUUCUCAGAUGUCUGUAGUUACUGUAGUUGCAAAUUUGGCUCCAGUGCCCCUAGAAACAUGCACUGAAUUCAAAUGAAAAAGGCUUCUUUUUGUCCAGGGCUUGUUCUAUUCUAUUUAGAAUCUGAAAGCUAUAUAAAAUAAUAGGAGUUCCAUUUAAAUAUAAGUUCAAAACUGUGUUUUAACUUGUACGUGGCCCUCUGUUUUGAAGAUACUGAUUUUAUGUAGGCUCUCUAAAUGCAGCAUUGUUCCUGAUGUUAAGAACAGAAGACAAUUUUUAAAGUUACAAAUUUGUAUAUAGAACUAAGACAUUGUUGUAAUGUCUCUCUCUAAGCUGUUGUGGGGGGGGGGGCAAAAGGAGGGCCAAUUAAAUAGGACCUUCUAAAAAUUGUUAAUUUUGUAAACUUUGCUUCUUUUUAAGUUAUUGUGAUUCCUUUUUAGUUAUUGAGUUUUAUUUUGAAGAUAUUUAAGUGUUGCACUUGUACAAACAGUAUGAUAAAUGCACAGACUAUUGCAGUAAAUUCUUUUUUAAGCUGAGAUAUUUGAAAUGACAACUUUGGUUGAGUAUAUAAAGGUUGCAUCAGAUUUUUCACAAAUUUAUUGUAGUUUGCAAAUUCUUGCUAAUUGAAGAUGUAAAGGAAGUCAAUGCAAAUGAUUUUUAAUCUUUUUUUAUUAUCUUUUCAGCAAUUUAUAUUUUUUGUGAUUUUAUGCAACCACAUUUUUACUUUGUUUUGACAACUGAAAGAUGUAUAAGGUUUUUGCCAGAAAUGUACUAUAUACAUAGUUUUAAAUAUAACAGAUUUUACUGAUAUGUAAAAAAUUUUGCCAUUAAAAUAAAUGAUUUCUCACUGAGAGGAACUUUUCUACCAGGUUGGGGGAUAUGGGAGCUUAAUAUAUCAUAUCUAAUUUAAAAUAAUUUCACUGAAAUAAACUCCAUGGCUUUUA